GAAUGCAGAUUUACUCGUAAAAGAUUGCAGCAAUAAAGAAAGUAAAGAUUAUUUAACAUGGAAUAAAAGCGAAUUUGAAAUUUUCAAGAGAAUGGUAAUCGAGCAGAAUAUAAAUUGUCGUUUAGACGAUAUGUUUCUCUUGAGCUUCCUUAGAGCCAGAAAAUUCGAUAAAGAAAGAGCAAUUAAAUUAUUAAAAAAUUAUUACUCUACGAGGAGAAAAUACUCAGAUAUGUUUGGAGAAUUUAAUCCUGCUGCCGUGAAAAAGUGUCUUGACACGAAAAUAGUUGGUUAUCUUCCACACACGGAUCAAGAUGGCAGCAUUUUGGGAAUCGCUCGAAGCCUUUACUGGGAUCCUUCGAAAGUACAUUUCAAAGACAUCAUAAAAUGCUUCAUGAUGUUUAUAGACAUGGCAAUAACAGGACAUAUAAUUCAAGUCAAUGGAUUUGUGUUGAUUCUGGAUGCUGAAACAUUAUCAUGGAGUCAUGUUUUGCAAUUAACACCGAGUACAUUAUUUUGCGUAGUUUCCAUUAUUUUUCAAUCUACUCCGAUUAGUUAUAAAGCUAUUCACGUUAUAAAUACUGGAAAUUUUGUGUAUGCCUUUUAUACUGCAUUUCGGCCAUUUCUUCCAUAUAAAAUAAAGAAACGGUUGCAUUUUCACAGUUCUGGAAUAGAGUCUCUGCACAAAUUCAUUUCUCCCCAGCAUCUUCCAGUAGAAUAUGGUGGGGAAUUACCUCCUCUCGAUGUUACUCAAUGUAACGAAAGUAUAAUGGAAUUUCAAGAAUAUUUUGAAGAUAAUCAGAAAUAUUUGAGCUACAGAGAAGUAUAAUUGCAAUGCUUUUAGAUUGUUGUUGAAAAGAUUCAUCUUUAAAGUAAAGUGAACUUAAAUAUUACUGCUAUUUAUUAUAAUAAAAAUAAUAAACCCCGAAAAUAUUAUAAAUAUAAUAUGUAAAUAUACAGGACAAUCUGUUUGGGAUGUCAUUAAAUGUUUAGAAAAUAAAAUAAUGCAAUCACAAGUAUAUAAAUGUUACACGUGUUGAAAGGUUGAUAGUUUCUGUGUAAAUGCAAAUCUUCGGCAUGCACGUUAUAACACUGUUUUUUCUAAGUAUUAUCAUUUUGUUUAAUUUUUUUUGAGAAUACUUGAAUAUUGUAGAUGCCAUCUUUCAUAGUUUAGAUUAAUUUGCCAGACAAACUUAAUAUUUGUAUAUAGGUUCUUAGGUUAUAAAGGUAAUAGAACAAUUUAUUUUUCUGGAAUCAAUGGGAAGAGAUUUGGAAGUUUAAAUUUUGUAUUUAAUUUCCUGAGGAUUGUUGGAACGAUAUAGACCUUGCCUUACUCGAUAGUACGGUAAAUUAACUGAUGUAAGCUCAGUUAGCCUGAUUUAAGUAAUUAACACUGCUGUUUAAAAUAAAUAAAAGUUAUGUUUAAUUUUAGAAUUUCGCUGGAUGGUAAAAUUUUUCCUCUUACCGCAUUUAAAAGGUAAAAUUUUCCCUUUUACUCCCUUUUUAAUUGGAUAAUUUGUACGUUUUAAGGAAUAGUUUACCUGGGCGACCGUGUGGCCUUAAAAGAAAGUCCGGGUCGUCUAAAGUUUUAUUCUAGAACAUUUGAGAAAAUAAAUGG